AUGGACAACAGGCUCGGCAGGCCCAACUCCCCGCCAGGCGGACGCGUACCAGUACCGCCCGAGUACAUGCUGCCAGCUUACGAUGAUGUCCACCACGAAUCGAGCACCACUGGCAUGGGCACCGCGCAUGGCCACGGUUCUAAUGUCAGGCUGUUGACGGAUAUGGAGGACCCUAGUGAUUAUCAGGAAUCUGAUAGGCAUGAGAGGCCGUAUGUGUUACCACCCGUUUCUAUUCCCCCCCCUCUUUCCUUGCCCCCCAGAUCCAACGGCGACUUUUGUGUGGACGUCGAUGCCCUCAAAGAACAAGACGGCGCUCUCAUCAUCGGGACUGCGCCCGAUGUCUUCAAACCGGCCACAAUGCAGACAGGUAGUCAGCAGCCCGCCACUCCAAAAUUCAGGCUUCAGAGAAGAAAAAAGUUCACCCCUUCGGUCCACCCUGUCGUCGUUCCCGAGGACCUUCCUGUCCUGCCUGAAGGGCCUUCUCCCCGCAGGAAGUCGUUACGCCAGUUUCAGGCGAGAUGUGAAACAGCCGCAACAUCACCAGGCAGCUCUCCACCGGAUUCACAAUUUCUUAGACAACUACCCAGCCCACAAGUGCCGUCAAGAGUAUGGAUGAGAGGCUCACAAGAAAAUGAAAACAGAGGCAGAAGACGACAGCCAUACGAACCAUCGAUUGAUUCACGGUCCUCUAUUCUCGACCCGCCCCUCCGAAUGCACCCACCGACCGAGUCGUAUGUUUCGUAUGAUCAGAGUAGCAUGAACGAGAGCAGUUGGGGCCCUUCACGAGCAUCAUCCCCCGAGUAUUCCCCUCCACGCGGCCACCCACCACCACACAGCCACAGGUUCGAGCCCGCCGAUAUCAAUGGAGCCCCCCGCCCAGGAACCCCUUCCACCGUCUACGGAGGCUCUCCGCGCCGACCCCUUCCCCGUGCCCCAAUGUACAACAGUCCAACGAGGGGCAUGCAGUCGACGACCAGCUUUCACGAUGAUGCAACAGUCAACAUCCCACUUGCCAGCCAUCACGACGAUCCCUUUGGCCCCGAGUCAGACGUCACUGACAACAGACGGCACCAUCAUACCCACUCAUCCUACUCGGCAGAUCAAAUGACCCUGAACGAGAAUGAAUAUUACGAUGAAGAUGGUGAUGUUCGUGAGAAGGCUGACCGCUACGUUCCAGCACCGGCAGAGGGGCGACAGGAGCGCCGUGGUGUCCGCGCCCCCCAAAUGAGCAAGAGAGAGGUGCAGCUUAUCAAUGGUGAACUCGUGUUGGAGUGCAAGAUCCCCACCAUCUUGUACUCAUUCCUCCCGCGCCGCGACGAAAUCGAGUUUACUCAUAUGCGCUACACGGCCGUGACCUGCGACCCAGACGACUUUGUUGAAAGGGGCUACAAGCUGCGUCAGAACAUUGGCCGGACCGCCCGCGAGACGGAAUUGUUUAUUUGCAUCACCAUGUACAACGAAGACGAGUAUGGCUUCACGCGCACGAUGCACGCUGUCAUGAAGAACAUCUCCCACUUUUGCAGCCGUAACAAGUCACGAACGUGGGGAGAGAACGGAUGGCAGAAAAUCGUUGUGUGUGUGGUGUCUGAUGGACGAGAAAAGAUUCACCCUCGCACACUCGACGCCUUGGCAGCCAUGGGCGUCUACCAGCACGGCAUCGCAAAGAAUUACGUCAACCAGAAGGCCCACGUGUACGAGUACACCACGCAGGUUUCUCUGGAUUCGGAUCUCAAGUUCAAGGGCGCCGAGAAGGGGAUAGUGCCCUGCCAAAUGAUCUUUUGCUUGAAGGAAAAGAACGCCAAGAAGUUAAACUCGCAUAGAUGGUUCUUCAACGCAUUUGGCAAGGCGCUAAACCCAAACGUGUGUAUCUUGCUGGAUGUCGGAACCAAGCCUGGGAGCAACUCGCUAUAUCACCUGUGGAAGGCAUUCGAUACCGACUCGAACGUUGCCGGCGCUUGCGGAGAGAUUAAAGCAAUGAAAGGUAAAUACGGAGUCAAUCUGUUGAAUCCGCUGGUUGCGUCACAGAAUUUCGAAUACAAAAUGUCCAAUAUUCUGGACAAACCGUUGGAGUCGGUGUUUGGCUACAUCACCGUGUUGCCUGGCGCCCUGAGUGCGUACCGAUACCAUGCGCUCCAGAAUGACGAAACGGGGCACGGGCCACUGAGCCAGUACUUCAAGGGAGAGACGCUCCAUGGACAGCACGCCGACGUGUUUACCGCCAACAUGUACUUGGCCGAGGACAGAAUCUUGUGCUGGGAGCUGGUUGCCAAACGCGGCGAGAGAUGGGUGUUGAAGUACGUCAAAGGUUGCACGGGUGAGACAGAUGUGCCUGACACCGUCCCCGAGUUCGUCUCCCAGCGUCGUCGCUGGCUGAACGGAGCGUUCUUCGCCGCUGUGUAUUCCCUGGUGCAUUUCAAGCAGAUCUGGCUCACCGACCACACCAUUGCCCGCAAGGUGCUGCUGCACAUUGAGUUCUUGUAUCAGCUCCUGCAACUCCUCUUCACCUACUUCUCCCUCGCCAAUUUCUACCUCACCUUCUACUUCAUCGCCGGUGGUCUUGCCGAUCCCCACGUCACACCUUUCGACGCCGACGGCAAAGCUGCCCUCUACAUCUUCACCAUCCUCCGGUAUAUCUGUGUUCUAUUGAUCUCGACCCAGUUCAUCCUGUCUCUCGGCAACCGUCCCCAGGGUUCCCGCAAGAUGUACCUCGCGUCCAUGAUCAUCUACGCUGUCAUCAUGAUCUACACGCUGUUCGCCUCGAUUUGGAUUGUCGUCCACCAGCUCUCCCCUAAGAAGGAGGACAAGGACAAGUCCGAGCUCGAGAUGGGCAACAACGUCUUCACCAACAUGAUCGUCUCGACAGCCUCGACUAUUGGUCUCUACUUUGUCAUGUCCUUCAUGUACCUCGACCCCUGGCACAUGUUCACCUCCUUCGUCCCGUACCUGAUUCUCCUGCCCUCGUACAUUUGCACUUUGCAAAUCUACGCCUUUUGCAACACCCACGACGUCACCUGGGGAACAAAGGGCGACAACGUCAUGAAGACGGAUCUCGGUGGUGCCGUCGGCAAGGGGUCCGGUUCGACUGUCGAGUUGGAAAUGCCCUCUGAGCAGUUGGACAUCGACUCUGGAUACGACGAGGCCCUCCGCAACCUCAGAGAUAGAAUUGAAGUGCCCGAGAAGCCACCCUCGGACGCGCAGCUGCAGGAGGAUUACUACAAGUCGGUCCGUACCUACAUGGUUGUUUCCUGGUUGGUGGCCAACGCCACGCUCGCCAUGGCAGUCAGUGAAAUCUAUGGCAGCAGUGGCAUUGGCGACAACUUUUACCUGCGCUUCAUUCUCUGGUCUGUCGCCGCGUUGGCGGCCUUCAGAGCCCUGGGGAGCACGACUUUUGCCAUCAUCAACUUGAUCAACAUGGUGGUGGAGGGCAGGGUCAAAGCAAAGUUCGCAGUGCCCAACUGGGCUAGGGGUUUGAUUGAGAAGAUGAGGGACGGAGCGAGAGAUAUCGGAGAGGGGGUUGCUAAUAGUGUUAGGAGGUGA